AUGGGUGAUGUGCAGAAGGGGCUGCUCUCUGUCAUCCAGAAGCUGAAGGGUUCCCCGGAGCAGGAGCUCCGCAUCGUCCUGCUGGGGCUGGACAACGCAGGGAAGACCACGCUGCUGAAACGCCUGGCCUCCGAGGAGGUCAGCACCAUCACGCCCACCCAGGGCUUCAACAUAAAGAGUGUCCACUCGCAUGGCUUCAAGCUGAACGUCUGGGAUAUCGGGGGCCAGCGCUCCAUCCGUCCCUACUGGAAGAAGUAUCUGGGCAGCACAGACCUGCUGAUUUAUGUCAUUGACAGCGCAGACCAGAAACGCUUUGAGGAGACUGGGCAGGAGCUGGCAGAGCUCACUGAAGACGAGGCCCUCACGGGGGUCCCACUGCUGGUGUUUGCCAACAAGCAGGACUUAGUGACUGCAGCACCUGCGGCUGAAAUUGCGGAAGGGCUGAGCCUCCACACCUACCGGGACCGGGAAUGGCAGAUCCAGGCCUGCUCAGCCUUGUCUGGGGAAGGAGUGCAGGAUGGGAUGAACUGGAUUUCCAGCCAGAUCAUGAGCAGGAAGAAAUGA